UUUCCUUCCCUUCUUCUUCUUCUCCCUUCACACACGGCCUCCUCUGUGUGUGUGGCGGAGUGGCGAGAAGCGCGAUGCUGGAAAACCCUAGCGGUACGGAUCCACCUUCUUCCGUCAAACAGCAGCGCUAUGCUCCUCCCAAUCAGAGGAACCGUUCUCUCAACAGGCGCAAAUCUGGAGAUCGUUUUGAUCGAAUAAACAACUCUUUUGCAAAUGAUGGAGACAAGAAUCAAGUUGUUGCUCCCAGAAACGUGCCCAACAUAGAUCAAGGGGAUUCAGGCAGCAGCAAUAUUCUGAAUGAGAAUGCUCGUCCUGGAUUAAUAGCCUUAGAUGGUUGUUGUAGCAGUGAAGCUUCGCAGCUUUUGAAUGAUCGUUGGGCAGCUGCUAUGCAUGGCUGUAAUAACCAAUCUCUAGAUUUACCUGAAAGACCUGUGAUGUACUCAGGAAGUGGUGCGUCUGCAUGGGGACACUUCAGACUUCCUCAUCAGAUGAUGGAUUUCUCAGGGGAGCUUCGCCGUGCCAUGCAACGCCAUGCGAAUUCCGAGACUUAAAUGCUUCCAGGCGCCACCAAAGUUUACCUGAAGUUCGACAGUGUUUGGCUGUGGAGUUUCUGUAUAAACUCCUGAUGCUCAGUUGAAUCUGUUCUAUGUGGCUUGGCACUUAAAUGUGACUUAUGCGCAGAAAACAUGGCCCUUGUAUGUAUACGCAUAAGCUCACAAAGAUGACUCACUCUCAGGAUUUGAUUAUAUCAAACAUCCUCAUGAAUCUUGGCUUCUCAAGCUAUGCAUUUUGUUUGAAUCUCACAACUCGUACGAUCAAUUUUCUCACUUCUAUGCCAACUGUACUGCAACCAUGUAUAAUGGAUCUUUGUCACAAGCAUGAAUUUUCCUCACAAAA